CCUCCUCUCAGCCUAUGUUCUGCUUGCCCGAAUCACACACUCUCCCUUAUCCAACCCUAGCUACUCUUUUCGACCCACUGCCGCCUUUCCGUUGGGCCACUGCCGCGUCCGUCCGUCGAGCUCAGCUGCUGUCCGUCCGUGUAGCCACUGCCCCCAAAUUUCCAACCCCGCUGCUCUCUUUUUCCGCGAGCUCGCCCCAUCCCCUACUCUUCUUGCCGUCGUCUGGUCGGCGUCGUCCAUCAAUCAAGGUCUGUCGGCGCCGUCUUCGAAGAGAAUUUUGAGGAUAAGCCUUGCAUGUGCUAUAAUCCUCAAGAAAAGUCCGUGUCUUCCACGGAAGGAUUCGGCAUAGAAGCCACAGCCCCAAAAGCUGAACCCGGCAUGGAUUUUUCCACACGGCUCGCGAAAGAGGGUGGAACAAACGGCUCCGAGCUUCCGGAAUUCGAAACCGCAUGUGCAUGAAAGCCAAAUGUGUCGGCGUCAAACCGAUCAAAAGCAUUACUUGGAGUUAAAUCGAAAGGGUGAUUGUAUGUCCGUGUAGAUCCCAAUCGUUGAAAUCUGAAAGCAAAGCACCACCAUCGUCGCCGAAUCCGUAGGGGUUUAUGUAAAUCGGUGUUCCUAACGCGGUUUGGAUCCAUGGCAGAAAACAAAAACACUCAGCAACACCGAAAGUUGAGGGUGAUGAGGGAAUCGAACGCGUUUUUGCGAGUGACGACGCAAUUGUUUUGGAUGCGCUUGUUGAGGGCGUCACGGAGAGCAUGGAAGUCGCCGGUACUUCCAGCAGCAUUGGUGAGAGAGAGAGAUCUGUGUGUAAUUGUUGGAGAUUUAUCAAGAAUGUACCAAAGUGAAUGACUUAAGCAGAGAAAUUACGGAGAGCAAAAAGCAGCUCUUUCAAAUGAAUUCAAUAUUUCAACACUCUUCUUCUCCGCCGCGUUCAACUGCCACCAUUACCACCCUUCUCAAGGCCUGCAAGACCAUUCAUCACCUCGACCAAGUCCACGCCUCCAUCAUCCAACGAGGCCUAGAGCAAGAUCACCUUAUCAUCUCCCGCUUCAUUUCCAUUUCCGCCUCCUUUGCCGCCACUGCUUCAUAUUACACCGCCGUCUUUGACUGCGUCCUUAGCCCUUCCCCUUUCCUCUGGAACUCCCUCAUCGGAGCCCACACCAAAGGAAGUUAUUUUUUUGACACCCUCUCUACUUUUAUUCGCAUGAAGGCACAUGGGUCUCUUCCCGAUAGGUACACUUACUCUUCUGUGAUUAAGGCCUGUUCAAGCAUGUCUAGGUCCUGGGAAGGAAAAUUGCUCCAUGGCUCGGCAUUGAGGUGUGGGGUUGAAGGUAAUAUGUUUGUUGGAACCUGUUUGGUCGAUAUGUAUGGGAAAUGUGGAAAGAUUGGUGACGCUCGCAAGGUGUUUGAUGGAAUGUGUGAGAAGAAUGUAGUUUCAUGGACGGCUAUAGUGGUUGGCUAUGUGAAGGAUGGGGAUAUGGUGGAGGCAAAGAGGCUGUUUGAUGAAAUGCCUCAGAGGAAUGUGACAUCAUGGAAUGUGAUGAUAUGGGGUUUUGUGAAGGUGGGGGAUUUGGGCAAUGCUAGGGUAGUGUUUGAUGCUAUGCCGAAAAAGAGUGUUGUUUCUUUCACGAUCAUGAUUGAUGGCUAUGCAAAGGCUGGUGACAUGGCUACCUCAAGGUUCUUGUUCGACCAAGCUCCGGAAAAGGAUAUUGUUGCAUGGUCUACUUUGAUAUCAGGGUAUGUACAGAAUGGUCAACCUAACAGGGCCUUGAGAGUAUUUCUUGAGAUGGAGUCAAUGAACGUGAAACCUGAUGAAUUCAUAUUGGUUAGCUUGAUGUCGGCUUCUUCUCAGUUGGGUAAUUUAGAACUGGCUCGAUGGGUUGAUUCUUAUGUAAAAAAGAGCUCUAUUGAUAUGAAACAGGACCACGUGAUUGCAGCGCUUCUGGAUAUGAAUGCUAAAUGUGGAAACAUGGAAAGGGCAUUAAAAUUAUUUGAAGAAAUGCCUAACCGUGAUCUAGUCUCAUAUUGUUCGAUGAUACAAGGGUUGUCAAUUCAUGGAUUCGAGGAAGAUGCACUGAAGUUCUUUAACAGGAUGGUGACGGAUGGGCUAACUCCGGAUGAGGUGGCCUUCAAAAUCAUUCUAACAGCUUGUAGUCAUGCGGGACUUGUUGAUGAGGGCUGGAACUACUUUCGCUCUAUGAAGGAAAAGUACUGCGUUAGUCCUUCACCUGAUCACUAUGCAUGUAUGGUUGACCUUCUAAGUCGAUCAGGGCAUUUACGGGAUGCUUAUGAGCUUAUAAAAGUAAUGCCGGUGGAAUCUCAUGCUGCUGCCUGGGGUGCACUUCUUGGGGCAUGUAAAGCAUACGGUGAUUCAGAGUUAGGAGAGAUUGCUGCUAAUCAACUUUUUGAGAUUGAACCUCAAAAUGCUGCUAACUAUGUGCUGUUGUCUAACAUCUAUGCAGCAGCGGAUCGAUGGAUAGAUGUUUCCCUUGUAAGAACGAAGAUGAGGAACAGUAGGGUGCGAAAGGUACCUGGUUGCAGUCAGUUUAAUCCAGACUUGGGCUCUUUGGCCUUUUAAGCUUCCAAAAUUGCAUAUAUGAAGCUGUCAAUGAGAAAAUUCUGUGCGGAAGGUACCUGGUUGCAGUCAGUUUAAUCCAGACUUGGGCUCUUUGGCCUUUUAAGCUUCCAAAAUUGCAUAUAUGAAGCUGUCAAUGAGAAAAUUCUGUGCAGAAGCUAAGCUGCUAAACAUCGUAGACCAAGAAUAAGUUCUGAUAAAGGUCAUGGCUGAUCCAACCUCACCUGCUCCUCAAAAGGGUCAAUCCUCAUCUUCUGAUCAGUUGAUCUUGAAAGAGUUGUAAGGGACACUCAUGGUUAUAUAGGAGCAGACCUUGAAUUAGAGAUUUUAUUCUGAAGUGUAUAUGAGAGAAGAUGGAUGUGAUUGACUUGGAGGAUGAAUCGAGUGAUAUUGAGAUUUUGAAUUCUAUGGUUGUCACCAAUGAGCACUUCCAAACUGCUUUGACUUCUUCAAACCCAUCUGUGUUGCGUGCAAAAGUGAGUUCCCUUGCUGAAUUCUCAACCUGAAUGAUUCUAAGCAUGAUUAAUCUUUUUUGAUUGCAUAAACUUUGGAAAAGAAAGACACUACUCUUGCAAAUAUAUACAAUGUAUAUUAAUGUCUUAUCCUUUGUAUUUCCUUGUAUUUAUUAAGUUCUGUUAUUAUUUCAGUUACAAAAUUGAAUGAAAAUGUUCUGUUAUUAUUAUGUUGACCUUUAAUGUGGCAAUCGUUUACAUGAACCAUGAUGGAGGUUCCAAAUGUUUCCUAUGAUGAUAUUGGAGGUCUGGAGAAUGUUAAAAGGGAGCUUCAAGAGAUUUUCCUGCAAGAAUCUAUGUCCCUAAAUUCAGCAUACAAGUCAACCAGAGUUCUGCCAACCACCAUAUCAACGUCGGCACCAAACUUAAACACCAGCCCAUGAACUCCCCUAACCUAGUCCAACAACGAAUAACACUUGAACAAGGCAAUAAAAGUACUGUGAUCAGGUCUUAAGAAAUGAACCUCCUCAUUUCACUAAACAACCUCUUCACCACACCAAAUUUACCAACUUGAGCAAAUCCAGAAACCAUGACAUUCCAAGCAACAAGGUCCCUCUCCAACAAUUCAUGAAAGACACAACAAGCACUUUUAAGAUCGCUGUCACCGUUAAAGUACAUAUACAUAAGAGAGCUCCCAGCAAACUUGUCCCUCUCAAGGCCACACCGAACCAACACACCAUGAAGCUGCAAACCAACAUCCCUCAAACCAGGAUCAGCACAAGCACGGAGCAGUGCAGAUAACGUGUACUCAUUGGGACUCUCACCAACCUCACGCAUGUGAUUGAACAUGUCAAAGGCUUUUGGGAGAUACCCAUUUCUAAGAUUUGCAGAAAUUAAGGUUGUCCAAGUGAUAACGUUCUUGUGGGGCAUUUGGUCGAACAGGUGGUGGGUAUAGCUGAAUUGGCCACAUUUAGAAUAAAGGCUCAAAAGGUUAUUUGCCAAAUGCGUCUGCGAGAUGCAUUGGGUGACUAAAAGCUUUGCAUGAAUUUGUUUGCACUCUGCGAGCGUUGUGGGGUUUGAAGACUUCGCCAAUGACAACAAAAACUGGUGAAGAUGUUUAACUCAUUGUGAUUGGAUUGUAACAAAUUAAGUUCUUAUUGGUUUUACACAAAAACCUAGAGAACAAGAUAUUACCAUAUGAUGGUUUAAUAAUAACAUAGACACAGUUAAUUUCGUCCAAAAAUAACUGUCAUUUUUUAUGUAUCUAGUCACGAAUGGAAUAGAUAUAUAUAAAAAUACGAUAGCUUUUUUUGGAUGGAAAAUAUGUUGUUGAAGCUUCUUAAAUUUAUUUUACUUGAAUAUGAUGGUUUUGAUUCCAUGAUUUUUUGACAUGAUCAUGAACUAUCCAAUGUAUAUGCUACUUAUAGUCUUAGCUUAUUUUUGAAGGGAAAGAAAGG